AUGGGGAGUCAGGAUGAAGUUGUUGCAUGCCAAAACGGAUCAUGCAUCCGACGAUCUGGACAUCACGGCUGUCGCCUGGAGCCAAACAUCUUAACUUGCCUUCACAAGUCUUGCCACCAGAAACGUCAGCAACACCGAAGCAAUGGCCAUCUGCGUCCCAGACACAGCACUAUGGCCACAAAUCGAGCUAUUCCACACGCUAUCACUCCUCUUGCCAAGUGCAAAACCAGCAACACCGAAGCAACAACUAGCGUCUACAGCCUCAACACCAUUCGCGAAUGCGACAGGGCGACUUUCGCCUUAACUUACGCAUCUCAACUCGCCGCUACACUCCUGGCCAGCUACACGGCCAUCACCAGCGAAGCCAACAAUGCCAAUGCAACAGCAGCCCUCUGCAUCUCAAGCACUAUCAACAUUCGCCACGGCCGCCACAUCCCACCAAUCCUCGAAACGCUCAAUGUCGGAGCACAUCAAACUCACUUUCUGAAGGGAAAGACGGAGCAUUGA